AUGGCUUUGGUUGGAGAGGCUUUGCUCUCCGGUUCCAUCCAGGUGCUCUGCGACAAGAUUGUCUCCGGGGAGUUCAUGGACUUCUUCCGGGCAAGAAGACUCAACCUUUCACUCGUGGACAAACUGAAGGUGACGUUGAUGACCCUCCACGCAGUCCUCAACGAUGCAGAGGAGAAGCAGAUUGUCGACCGUGCCGUCGGGAUGUGGCUUGACGAGCUCAAACAUGCUGUGUUCGAUGCCGAGGACUUGGUGGAUGAGAUUGAUACUGAAGCUUUGCGUCGUAAGCCAAAAGAUCGGACUAAGACAACCCAGGUGUGCAACAUCCUUUCUACCUCUCUUAAUCCUUUUAAUUAUAAGGGCUUGAACGGUAGAAUAGAAGAUUUGUUCAACAAGUUGGAACACCUUGCAAAACAAAAGGAUGUCCUCGGUCUUAGAGGAGGUGUUGGGUCCAAGGUUUCACAAAGAACUCCCACAACUUCUGUUGUUGAGGAAGGAUUUUGUACCUAUGGAAGGGAUGGAGAUAAAGAAAAGUUAAAAGCUCUACUGCUGCUAUCUGACAAUGAAAGUAGCAGUAAUUUUUCUGUUGUCCCUAUUUUCGGAAUGGGCGGGGUUGGUAAGACAACUCUUGCUCAACUUCUUUACAAUGAUGGACAAGUUAAAGAGCAUUUCGAUACGAAUGCUUGGGUUUGUGUUUCCGAACAGUAUGAGGCUUUGAGGGUGAUUAAGACCCUUAUUGAGGAAAUCACUAAAAAACCUUGUGAUAAUUUGGGUAUGAAUUCCCUUGAAGUUCAACUAAGUGAACAAUUGAUGGGAAAGAGAUUUUUACUUAUCCUGGAUGACCUUUGGAAUGAGAGCUAUGAUGAGUGGGAUCGUCUACGAACUCUUUUCACGUAUGGGGCGAAGGGAAGUAAGGUCAUUGUAACAACAAGGAAUAGGCGUGUUGCAUCCAUCGUGUACAAUACUAUUCCAAUUCAUGACCUGGAAAAAUUAUCGGACGAGGAUUGCUGCUUGUUACUGGAAAAACAUGCAUUUAGAAAUGAGAACGCCAGUGCUCAUCCAGAUUUGGAAGGAAUUGGUAAGCAAAUUGCAUGCAAGUGCAACGGUUUGCCUUUAGCUGCAAAAAUAUUAGGGGGUCUCUUAAGUUGCAACCUAGACUACAGGGAAUGGAAUCACAUACUGAAUAGCAAUUUUUGGAAUCUUCCACAUGCUAAUAAUAGUAUUCUUCCUUCCCUAAGAUUGAGCUACCAUUUCUUCCAACUUACUUGA